AAUAAAUUACUUCUGGUGAUGGUCGAGCAGUCAAGUUAAAAUUAAAAUAGCAAAUUAAAAGAAAAUUACUUAUUCGUUAUGUCUGGAACAACGAAAUCGAAAGAUAAUAAAACUGAGCCCAUCGCCUAUAGUGAAGCUGCCCUAAGAAAUAAUGCUAUUGUCGUGGAAUAUUGUCGAACUUCGAUGGCAGCACUUUCAGGAUCUACUGCUGGAGUAUUAGGUCUGACAGGUCUCAAUGGCUUUGCAUUCUACGUUUUGUCAGUCAUCACUCUUUGGGUAAUGUUCAUGAUAAAAGCGGGUCCCAAUUGGCAUAAGUACUAUGUAUCAAGACAAAGCUUAUUGACGAAUGGAUUCUUCGGAGCACUAUUCACUUAUGUAUUGUUCUGGACAUUUAUAUAUGGAAUGGUUCAUGUAUAUUAGACUUGUUAAUAUUAUUAUAAAUGUAACAUAUAUUUGUGUUUUGUUGCAAUUCAUCCUUUGUGAUUUAAGAGUUCUUUUAUGUUGAGUUGUAGGUUAUUAUUAACCCAUAACUUGGGAUCAGUUAAAGGAAGCAGUGUGUUGAUAUCAUUUGUACAAUUAAGUUCAUGGUGGUGUUACACUUUAAGCCCCAAAUCCCUUGCCUUUUUGCUGAAUUUCACAUAUUCCUCUACAAUGCAUUUAUAAAGAUAAAGGUCUGUUUUUAAUAUACUGCUCCUGUUAACUGAGAUCUGUAAAGCUGUCAUUUAUUAUUUUCAAGGUAUCUUCACAAAAUUUGCAAUAAAAUCUUCAUAGUCACCUUGCCUUACCUUUGUGUGAUUCUAUAAAAAAUGGUUAAUCAAGAUUCUCAAUUUACCAGAUUCCUUCAAAGUGGCAACCACACCAUUCUGUUCUUUUUAAUGUCAUGUUAAUAUUUUAUUAUGUUGAUUUAUUAAAAAUAUCUGAUGAAAGCAGGCAUUUACUACUAGACUUGGUCAUGGGAUCAUUGUCUAUGGUAUAAAGUGUUUGUUUGUAAAACUGUACUAUAUAGCUAUUGCCCAGGGCAUCGCUUGCGCUAAUGUUCUGAUUCAUAUUAGAUCUUUUGACAGGAGCAGAUAUAAUAAUAUAAUACUUGCAAUAAGAAAAAAAUAACCAAAAGUACAUUUACUGGUUCUGCAAUGUUCUGCCACACCAAGAAUUGAAGAUACCUUAUUAAACAUCUCUUAUUAAAUUUUCUUGUACUUGGUGGAUACAAUCACGGACACAAAAACAAGCAUUAUUAAUGGAUGCUGUUAUGUAGAUACUAUGUUAUGUGCAUGCUCAUUACAUAGUUCAUAUGUAUUUUACAUAAUAUAACUAGUACACCUAAUUUCAAUUGGAGUUUGUUUGUUAAUGCGAGGGCAAUACACAAUAGCUUAAGAUAAUUUGGAUACUCAGCGGGAUAUGAACUUCUUUGUUUUGUGUUGAUUGUAAAUAUUGCCAAAUAUCUACACAUUUAGUGUGUUUCCACAAAAGCAUAGCUGUGCGGAAUUGAGCAGAGCCGAAAUGUGUAAAUAGGCAAGUUUUUCCAUUAAAGCUGUGCGAAUGUGAGCUGUGCAGAGCUGAGUUGCUCUAUAGCAACCUAGCAACAAUAUUAGUAGGUCAGGUGCAUACACACUACACACUUGCACUAAGUUUCGUUGACUUUGAAAUAUCCUGUGAACAUGGCACUUGUUUGUUUGUUGUUAUGUAUUACUCACAACCGCUUUGACGCGUUUCAGAUAUUUGAAUUUCCCUUUCAUUAUUAUAUUUCUUGAACAAUAAGAAAUUUUAUGAAAAAGUAUUGGAUAAUGGAAGGACAAUUCAAAAGUAAUAAAUGUAUAUACAAUUAAUUUGAGCCUUAUUUUAAUUACAUGCAUAUUAUGAACAACAAAUCUGGGAAGUUUGAAGCAAAUCAAACAGCUUAAUAAAAGGUUUCAUACAAAGGUUACACUUCACUAACCCCACCCUUUAUAAGGUUUUUGUGAAAUAGUGGCCUAUAACUGUCUCCGAGGUCCCAUCUAUCUGUAUACCAAAAUUUAUCAUAAUCCAAUUAGCGGUUUAGGCGUCAAAGCGUUACAAACAAACAAAGUGACAGAAAAACUCACUUUGGCAUUUAUAUUAUUAGUAAGGAUAAGGAUUACGCAUGUUCAUUUUUUUUCUAACCAAGAAUAGGAUUGGUAUAUAUGCUUGAUAAAAACAAAAUAUAAAUUAAAGAAUAAGUAUAUUACAUUAAUAUACCGCAAAUAAGACAUAUGAUGAAUUGAGGAAAUGUUUGUGGAAAAAAUAUUUUAGAUGUUUGUUAAAAGAAAAAAAGGAUUUUUUAUACCGCUAAAUAAUGAAUAGACUAAAUUAUGGAAUACCUUAUAAUUUUUAUGAGGAAUGCAUUAUAUUUUAUUAAAAGGUAUAUUCCAUUAUUAUUGAGUAAACAUAAUUAUUUAUGUAUGACGAUAUACCUGCAUUUAAGUUAAUCUUAAUUUGUCUACCAAGACCCCAUGGAAUAUUCUGAUUAUGCAAACAAUAUGUUUUAAUUAUGACAAAGUAUAUUAAUAAAAUGACAUUGUAUUUAAUAUCUUUAUAAUUUUCAGGCUAUAGGGUAGAUUCAUUACUUCAUUCGUGGUGUUUUUGUGGGACUGUAUGUUUAUUUUCCCCAAAAUUAAAAUAAUUGAAUAAUAAAUAUAUUUAUUGUUUCCA